AUGGUGCACGAGCGAUGCAGGAGAAGCAGCAAAGGCAGUGCACAUGCAGCAGCAACAGCUGCUGAGGCACAGCGAGGCAGCAGCAGCGGAAGCAACAACGACGCCGCUGCUGCUGCAGCAGCAGCGGCGAAGGCAACAGUGAUCCAACUGGAGCAGCAGCUAAAGCAACCGCAAUGUCGCAAUGGAGGCAACAGCAAAAGAAGCAACGGCGAUCCAGCUGCUGCGCAGCAGAAGCAACAGAGGCAGCAGCAGCAGCAGCGGAAGCAACAGAGAUCUGUGUGUUUUCAAAGCUAA